AUGGGAGGCCCAAAGCAGAAGUGGACAUAUGAAGAAGAAAUGGCUCUUAGAGCUGGAGUUGUUAAGCAUGGACCUGGAAAAUGGCGCGCUAUAGUCUUAGACUCUCAGUUUCGCUCAGCUUUGAAGUAUCGCACAAAUGUGGAUCUCAAGGACAAGUGGAGAAAUUUAAAUGUAUCAGGUGGUGGAUCUAGGAAGAAGUCAAAGCCUGCUCAGAAGAAGACUCGUUCGUCGAGAUCUAAGAAGAAUGAUGAUAAUGAUACUGAUACAGAUAUGGAUGAGGCUGAUGGUGAUGAUGCAGGACAAGAGAUUGUUCCAACACCUCCUCCUUCACCUCCUUCAGGUUCUGUUGACCCACCAACUGAUUUUGACGGACCAUAUGCAAGUGUGGAUAAGAUGAUAGUGCAGGGCAUUAACAUCUCAAACGAUGGUCUCGACAGAAAUUUAGUCUUGCGGUAUAUAGAGAUGAUUCUGCCGGAUAUGAAAAAUGUUGUGACUUCAAGACUCAAGUACUUGACCAACGCUGGAACAUUGCUUAAGAUAAACGGCAAAUACAAGAUGCCUCCGGGCUAUCAGACUGCAGGAGCAGAACAAAUGUCUCCUCCUCAACUCCAAAACCUUUUGGAAGAAAACAUGGAGAAUACUCCAAACCCUGAGGAGAAUGGUGUCCAGAGUCUUACUAACGGAGUGUUAGAUAAGACAAUGGGCAUGACAGUGGAAGAAGCUGCUGCAGCCGCUGCAAGAGCAGUGGCAGAAGCUGACUUCGCAAUCGCUGAAGCUGAAGCAGCGGCAAGAGAGGCGGAUGAAGCAGAGGCCGCAGCCGAAGCUGCUCAGAUUUUUGCAGAAGUGGCCAUGGAAUUUUUGAAGUGUAGCAUGCAUGGCCAAGCUUGGUAA